AUGACUAGUUCUCCCUGGAACUUUAUAUUUCUACAUUUUUGGUUAACAUUCAUUUGGACUUCAAAUGCAUGCAAUGUGGACAUUCUAAACAGCCUAACGGACUCGGCAUUCAGCGCCUCCACAGAAAAGACAAGUGCUGCUAACAUAAAAUCUAGUAAGCCUGGAUAUUGGACUCCAUCUGCUAAUGACAGCAACCCAUACGUACAGGCAACAUUUUCAACCUCUCAUAAAUUUGUUUCACUGACACUCAACGGAAGUACAAAUUCCUAUGACGUGUUGUCCAGCUUUGACGGAGUUAUUUGGGAUAAACAGAGUUCGACAGCCAGUGCCUUCACUCUAACACCUACUUUGUAUGGUUCUUACUUCCGGAUCGUUCCAACUGGAUGUGUGGGGGAAUGCACAGUUAAAGUUGAUCUUCAAGGGUGUGACUGCAUAGCAGAUGGCAGCAUACAAACCGGUAUUGUUACGUACUUGGAGCCAUCAUCGCUUUCUGAAAAUUUUGUCUAUUUAUCUCGCAACUCCAUACAAGAGGUCAGCUUCAUAGUUCAAAGUUCGGGUACCGACCUCUCCAUCGUUUCUUACCUCGAUACCAACAGUACGGUGACCUCGUCCAUGACCACCACCACAGAGGCAAAAGUCACACUUGAUUCCUCCAAGUUUCCAUCUCUCGGUACAUACCUGCUUCGAACGGAAGUUCAGCCAUGUAAAGGAACUGGACGAAAUAAAGACUUGAUUGUCUAUCAUGAAGAAAUGAUAGCAGGAUUGGAUGUAAAGACUGCCUAUGGGUCAUACAUACCUUUAGGCGAAUUAGCUGAAUUUUUCGUGUCCCUUACUUCUGGAACAAAUGUUGAAAUGGAAUGGAUGAUCGACCAUAAUAUUACAACAUGCAUAGAAAUUCAUAACGGGGAAGUUAGGAAUGUCGUGAAAACAUUUGAAUUUACCGAAAUGCGCAUGUACAAUAUCACAGUUUUUGCAAGAAAUGGUGUGACAGCGAAAUACAAAACUAUAAAUGUCAUGGGGAUUCGGCGUCCCUCUAACUUUCAAGUUGAGACCACACCAGGGUUGUAUCAGACGAGGGAACAGUUUAAUAUGACUGUAUCAAACAAUCUUACCAUCGACGAGGUCAUAUCCAUGGGAAACUUGUAUUUAGAAGUCCUAUAUGGGAACGGGCAGAAUGAUACAAUAUAUCUGAACCCAUAUUUCCAAGAUAUAACAGGCUUUAAUAAAAGUACGAGUGGAAAGACAUUUCUUUGUCAAUACCUUAUUCAAGGCAAUUAUACUCUUUCAGCAAAAGUGAGAAAUAACGUUGGCUUUGAGGAAUUUAACUUCACAUUUUAUGCAUGGGACGAGCUAAAUAUGACACUAAAUUCUUCAUCAUUGCAAACCAUUGGGGAACCUACUGUCUUCACGUUCUUGGAUCCACCAAACGCCGGAUUCAGAUAUACAAUUUCCUAUGGGGAUGGAAACGAGACAAACACUAAUGACACGAUUUACUACAGUGACUAUAAUGUUGCUCCAUGGACGUUUGGUUACACGUCUCCGGCAGUUUACACCGUGAUAAUGACUGCUUGGAACCCUUUCCAUGCCGUCGUCCAGACAUACAACAUCACCGCUCAACACCCAAUUCCAACUUUGGAAAUGAACCCGACUGGGGGAGAUUUCCCGAGGGACGACGGUCUAGCUAUUUUCUAUAUUACAAUGACAGUAAAUAAACCAUCGCCAACGAAUGUCACAUGUAGAUUUGAUUUCGAAGAUAAAGUAUUUGAAGAGCCAACUACCUUUGAUUAUAACAAAACUGUGACAAAAACAUAUACGUACACGUUCAAUGGUUUCUUUUUUUUCGUUUUUACUCCCAAGACAAAAACGGUGAUUUUUGAAUGUUGGAAUCUAGUAAGCUCAUGGAGAAGUGAAGCUACAGUCACCAUUAGAGAUUUCGAUAUUAAUGACGUAGUUGUUAAUCAUCCGCCAGAGGUUGGUAUGAAUAUGACUCUCAGAGGUAAUGCUACAGAAUUGCUGCCGUUUGGGGAAAUUGGAAGCAUUCCAGUGGUCGUGACAUUUCGUGCUCAGUUGUACCAAAUGAAUUAUGUUCCACCAAGAGUAAGAUUUAUAUGGAAGUUUGGUGAUGAAAUUGAUGAAAAUUCCUUACUUGAACUUGAUAGUCCAAGAUUUGAUUGUCCACACGAAUAUAAAGACAGAGGGUUCUAUGAAGGAUCUCUCACAGUAGAAUACGGUUCUGAAAAAGCAACAAUUCCAUUUUCCAUUAAAAUGGGUGUAGCAAAUUUUUCAGCAAAUGUUUACGAAGGUAGUCCAUCAAAAGACACGAUAACUUUCACCACAAAAGAUUUAUUGGGAACAGCUGUCUACGAAGUUGAUUUGAUUAUAGCACAACGUAUAUUAACAGGAACUUUAGGGAAUCCCGUAUCUACUUCUAUAAUCUACCCACAUCGCGGACAAUAUUUGCCGAAAGUCAUCGCAAGCAAUGGAACGCUAACUGAGAUACUUUAUUUGCCAUAUCAUGUAGGAAUUGACUACGUUUUUGAGGGGAUAAAUAUGACUGUUCCUUCAGAGCUGGAACUACCACCUGGACACGCGGUUUUUAUUUUUGGAGUCCCAAACGGUGCUGAUCCGGUAUUAGACAUAAGAUGUGAAUUUACUUCCGGUGAUCGAAUUGAUAAAGCUAUCCAUUCAAGGACAAAAAAUCUCACAGAUGGCAAUCCAAUCAUUUAUAACUAUCAAUACCUCACUCUUGGAUUUCAUCUAUUUAAUCUUCAUUGUAAGAACUUUGCCCAUACUUAUGUGAAUUCUACAAUCAUUCUUGUUCAAAACGAAUGUUUCUCCAUCAAUGGGAUAUUUGAUCGACAGUAUUCCAAUCGAACGACUCCAAUGAUUGUUUUGACCUCGAAAGACAUCGAUCUUGCUAGCCGCAUGUUAGUGUACUGUCCGGAAAGAGGACCGGACUACCGAUGGACGUUUUAUAACGUAACAGGCCAGGAUGAAGAUGUGUAUGAAUACACUCCGGUAGUCAAACCAACAGGAUCCAUCCGAUUUGCGAAAGGCACCGUGCCUGCUGGCCUGUAUAAAGUUAGCCUGAAUGUUACUUUAGAUGGAACCUGGAUGCAAGAAUACACUUUUGUGAAGUUUGAAAAACCAAAACCGUAUGCACAUAUCGUACGAGGGUCUAAAUACAUCGCAUCAGUGACGUCAGGAGAGAUAGAACUGGAUGCUCUGACGGAAUCGUACGACGUUCAGGAGGGAUACGGUUUUAACUCCGAACUCACUUUUACUUGGUAUUGCAACACAGUUCCGUCGCCGAAUAUCGUGCACUUGGACGAAUUAUAUCUCAGCAACGGAGGCCGAAACUAUUACAUGACAUAUGGUCCAGGCCUUGAUAGUGAUUGCAGAAGUUUGUUUUCGGAAAUAUAUCACAGUGUUUCAAACUCGUCAAAUAUCACUUCAGCUGGAAACACGUCAGAAACAGGAGGUGUGUUUGGUGCCGGAAAACAAACGAUUCCCCUUACAGUUCCAAAUGUCGGUUAUAUCAUCACGGUAGCGGUAGCAAAGGACGAACUGACAUCUUAUUUUACACAACUUGUACAGGUCGUCUCCACUCUUCCUCAUGAUAUCAGCGUUGUGUGUUCGAUAAAUUGUCUGGAGAAACAUGCCGUGACAUCGCCAUUAAGUGUUACUGCCGUCUGCAACGAUUGUGGACCAGAAACCUUACUGAAAUAUGAAUGGCGUCUCCAACACUACCUAAACAGGACAUACGAGGAUAUACCGUCGUUGAUAAAUAUGACAAGCACACCCAUCACAGAGGCAUCAAUCACCUUGAAGGCGAACCAACUGGUUCCUGGGGAAAAGUAUGCCCUGAGUGUGAACGUUACCUCCAAUGAGAAGGACCCCACGCUUGCUGUUUGGGACAUCACUGUCAACUAUCCUCCAUAUAAUGGGACGUGCUAUUCCAUGCCUAAAACAGGCAAUGCAUCCACGAGCUCCUUUUCGGUCAAUUGUGAGGAAUGGCGAGACGAAGGCAUCUAUCCUGAACGGAGUGAAACGCGCGACCCUACCUUAAACGAGCCAUUAGUUUACGAGUACGUGGCAUAUAUCCCGGAAACAGACGGAUCAAGCAAAUACUACAGUGGAGCCGUCCCAUUGUUUAGAGGAAGUGAGAGCACGGCUACAGAACUGCCUUUGCCAGUGGGCAGUGAGACACUAAACUACAAAAUAGAAAUUGAAGUUCGAAUUUAUGAUAGAUAUGGUGAUUUUGCCGUCUACCAUCAUCCCAAUACAGAAGUCACGGUAGUGCCAGACUCCAGCUUGGUUCCAGCUGAUCUUCAGGACACUGGGUCCCUUGAUUCACUGUUUGGUGUAUUUGACCGGAACUACACAAUAACAGAGGCUGGCGGAAACAGUAUGGCGGUGGUGAGGCUUGUCCAAUCAACGGCCUCAAUAUACUUGUCUGCUCACUUGGAGCCGAAUGGAACUGUCACGAGUACAAGUGACCUAUUUUCUGGAGUGGUGGGGCAAUCUCAGGUAGUUGAGGACGUACCAAUCGAACCAGCCCAGGAAAAAUUGAUGCAGAGAACAAGGCAAUUUACAGAAAUUCUUUUGAACGCCACAUCGCAAACUCCAGCAACCAGUGACAGUCCAAUGAGUGCAGCAAAUGCCCGCCAAGUGGCGCGAAGUCUUGCUUCCUGUGUUUCAAAUCCAAUGAUUGUAGAUGAUGUUUCUGUGGAGACUGCAGCCGAAGGAACUAGAGUCUUGAUGGACAAUAUUCGUCAAGUGUCUUUUAACAAUCCGUUUCCAGUAGAGGAAAUACAAAACAUACAAGAUACUGCCUCUGGUGUACUUGAGGCAUUGAGCAACCUUGUAGAUAUCAUGGUUCCCAAUGAGAUAUCAGAUCCGGAAAAAGAGCCAACACUGACAGAUGUCUUGUCGGAUAUCAGUGAUGCUGAGUAUUAUAAUGACGGAAACACGAAUCUGGCAAACAUGACGGCAGAGGAAAAGAAUUCACUCGCGGAGUCAGUUUUGAAUCUAAAGAAAAAACACAGAGAACAGCAGCAAAAGAAAUCACCAACGGCAAGAAAUGCUGGAGCAAAGAUGUCAUCAGCCAUCCAAAAUUCACUCAAAGCGAAAUCCAGAAUUGUUCAGGUAGGGACGGGUACAGACACGAUUACCACGGAUCAACUACAGAUGUCAGUACAGAAGGAUAAGCGAGAAGAUUUGAUAAGUAAAACACUUCAGAGACGUGAUACUGGAUUGGAACUCGAUAGUGAGGUACUCAACAACUCACAGGCAAAGGCUGUAGAAGUAUGGAUGACAGAAUAUAGGAAAAACCCUUACUUCUUUGCUUCUGGUUCCGACAAAAUAAGAUCAUCAUUGGUUUCCAUCCAAACAAGAGAUGAAACUGAACAAGAAAUAGACAUUCCAAAGAAUAUUAAAUUCCAAAACAAUGGAACGGUGUAUGCAAAGUCAUUCUUUUUUACAAACAUAUCUGAAGGCGAGGAUCCUAUGUUUUACUUCAUCACAAACCUCGACGGACCGGAUGCAGCAAUAGUGUAUGUCAAACCCGAUGCAUAUGAUCAAUCGGGUCUUGGUGAUCAGAUUUUAUAUACUGCUUUUGGACGCAUGGAUGAGCAUCCAGAAAGUAAUCUUUACGAUUAUAAAACAGAUAUCAAAGGUUCAAAUUGGGAGGAACCCUUUGGUUUCAAAAUCUUUCUUCCUGAUAAAAUAUUUCGAAAAGGGAAAUUAUACAUUGGAUUGAAACCUAAAAAAGUAAUUGACGAGUCUCAAAAUACCCGGAGAAGAAAGCGGGCUGCAGUUAACACUACGUCGCCCUCUUUUAACCCUACAGAGGCUAAUUUCAGCAUAGCCUUAGCAACAUCAGGAUGUAGAACAUAUGACGAGGCAACGAGUCUCUGGGUGGAUAACGGUUGUAAAGUUCUGGAUAUUUCUACCUUUAAUGAGACCAUAUGUCGAUGCUCGGAUCCCCCAGGAACUAUGUUUGCAACAACGUUUUAUGUUCCCCCAAACAAGAUCGACUUCCAUGCAGUUUGGGGGAAAUUCGACCCAGAGAAUGCUGCUGUCUAUGGCACUAUCGCUGCUUUGCUUGUGAUAUAUUUUAUAGCGUUACUGUACCUGAGACGAAAGGAUAAACAGGAUGUUACCAAGUGGGGAACACGAUUCUUGGUGGACAGCGAGAAUUCAGACGCAUACUUUUACUUAAUCACUGUUCAAACAGGACUCCGACGUGACGGCGGUACAAAGUCCAACGUUAACUUCAUUAUAGGGGGAGAGGAUGGGGAUUCUGGGGUCCGAAUCCUCAGUGAUGGCUACACUCAAGGAUUUCAAACUGGAAGCUUAAGAACGUUCUUAAUGGGUACGAAAUUUUGUUUGGGUGAUCUGACGUAUUUUCGGGUUUGGCAUGAUAAUUCUGGGAUUGGAAACGAGAAAUCUUGGUAUUUAGAUAAGAUACUCGUAGACGAUCUGCAGAAUGGAAAAAGAUAUGUGUUUUUGUGUGACAAAUGGUUGGCAGUCGAGCAGGAUGACGGGAUGGUGGAACGAAUUCUCCCGCUGACUUCAAAUCAAACCCUUACUUCCUACGAUCAGCUGAUAUCUGAGCAUGCUCGAUUUAACGCCACAGAAAACCAUUUAUGGCUGUCAAUGAUUAUACGUCCUCAGCGAAGCAACUUUACCCGAGUUCAGAGACUAACAUGUGCUUUUGCCUUACUUUUUCUCACCAUGAUAACAAGUUGCAUGUUCUUCAAAACUGAUGAUGAAGUUCGGCCUAAUCAAGUAUCGAUUGGAAUAAUUAAGUUUUCUUUAACAACAUUUUAUAUUUCUUUUAUAAGUAUUCUCAUCGCCACAGUGCCAAUUUUCAUAGUCACUUUUAUAUUCAAAAAGUCAAGAGCCAAAGAUACUGUUACAAAUUUGAAAAAAGAGGAAGACAAGAAAGAAAAAUCCCCGGAUGAUGAAUACUAUAACGAAGAGGAGGAUACUGUCAACUUUUUCAAGGAUGAAAAAUUACCGUUGCCUCAUGGCAUGGUUUAUGUUGGUUGGACUAUUCUCAUUCUUGCAAUUCUGACAUCUGCCUUUUUCGUUAUCCUGUACAGUAUGGAAUUUGGAAAAACGAAAUCGGAAGAAUGGCUUUCAACGUUUGUCUUCGCUUUCUUCGAAUCGCUGUUUGUCUUGGAUCCAAUAAACGUGAUUGUUAUGGCCAUUCUGGUGGCCAUUUUGUUCAGGAAACCAGUUGAUGGGAAAUGCCCAAAUGUUGAUUUGGACGUUAUCAAAACAGCUGCAGAGCAAAAACAGCAGAAUUCUUCUAGAAUUUAUUUAACAUUCCGAAAUGAAGUACUAUGUAGCAAUGGUCCACCCGAUGAAACGCUGCUAGACUCGCAGCGGAAGUUACGUCAGAAUGAAGUGGCAGCUCAGGCAGUUUUUAGGAGGCUCGUGGUUUACGCCGUCUUUGUGUUUAUCGUCUUCAGCAUCGGAUACAUAAACAGAGAUGCUCGAUCAUACAACCUUAGAAGGAGUAUAGACAGUCAGAUUUACCACACGACCAAAGGAACGUACGGAUUUGAAAGUAUAACAAGCGCCAGAACGUUUAUAGAAUGGUUGCGUCACACGCUGCUACCUCGUUUGUUCCCUACUUCGGACAUUCGUGGUCAAUCAAUUUCGGUCCUGGACAAGCAGUUCUUCUCAGACUUCAGUCAAGUACGAGUUGGACCAGCCCUUUUACGACAAAACAGAAUGAAAGAAUCAAGUUGCAAUUUUGUGGUGGAUUCACACCAUCGAUGCGUCAAUGAAUACGAUAUUCAAAAUGAAGAUGUUGACAAUUAUUGCUUGGGUUGGAAACUUACAAACGGUUCUUGUGGUAGCUCUUUAACAGACAGAGCCUGGAAAUACACAUCAUCGGGCGAAGUAUGGGGGAUGCCAUUUGAAGGAUUAAGAAACACAUACGGUGGAGGGGGGUAUAUGAUCCAGUUUGAAAAAGACAUUGUUGCAUCUCAUGACAUCAUAAACGAACUGGAGCAAAAUCUUUGGAUUGAUAGACGGACUCGAUCAGUGUUUUUGGAAUUCACGUUGUAUAAUCCAAAUGUGAAUCUUUUCUUCAAUGGAAUUUAUUUGGUUGAGUUUCCCGAAUCAGCUGGUGUUGUCACAUGGGUCAAUCUUCAGGUAUUCAGACCAUUCCAAGCGUUGGGCGCUAUCGGGACUUACGCUUUAUUGUGUUAUUUCAUUUACGUUAUCUUCUUGUUAAUUUCAACUGGUCGAAUGAUGUUUCAAAUAUGGAAAAAGCGAUGUAAUUUUUUCAAAGAUACAUGGAACAUUGUUGAUCUCGUGUCGACGUUUCUAGGGGUGAUAGCAAUCGCCUUCUGGGCCGUGCGCUAUGUCUACGCAAAUAAAGCGUUGGAUAAAUACUACGACAACAAACUUGAUUUUAUUCAGUUUCAACAUAUUGCAUUCUGGGAUAAUGCUUUCGUUGUCGUUAUUGGAAUUUUAAUCUUCAUUGCCACGAUUAGGAUUCUUCAAAUUUUAGGAUACAAUCGAAGAAUGACACAACUGAUUGCUGUAAUUUCCGGUGCAUCUAAAGACUUGUCAGGUUUCGCCAUCGUGUUUGGCAUCAUUUAUUUUGCUUAUGUGGUGGCUGGGUAUCUUCUUUUCGGGAAAAUUUCUUCCUCCUACAGAUCGUUAUUUGUUUCUUUUGGAAGCCUUCUAAAUUCUAUAAUUGGUAAAAACCAUCUGGAUAUUUUGCGCGGUGCGGGGGUGGCACUCGGAGAAGUGUACUAUUUUACUUACAUACUAAUCGUUAUUCUGGUACUUAUCUCUAUGUUUGCUGUUAUUCUUAACAUAAGUAUAACAGUAGUGAAACAAGAGAUACAAGAUGGAGAAAGUAUCUACGGUCUUACGAACGUCGUCAGCGAUUCCGUCAAAAACAUCGUUGGAAUGUUUAUGAACAUUGGGGGCAAAAAGAAAUCCACUGCCUCCGAGGGCAUUGAACCAGUGCGCAAGUAUGAACUCUUGCAAUCAAGAAAGCCAGAUUUCGACCCGCCAAAUAUCGUCAAUCUUCUGCAAGACAUAUUUUUACAAUACGGGAAGGAUGGAUUCAACACCAUGGAGAAAAUUCCGGAACCGUAUGAGCGUCCUGUAACACAGACAGAACUGACGAUACAACUUGAUGAGAAUAAUGAUGAAAACAACGACGAUCACAACGAAGAUAUUUCAAAGAAUCCCAUGGAGGAUGAAGAUCUGACAAUCGAUGACCGGUACACCAAGAAAGUGCAAGAAUUUUCUGGAUAUCUGUGAUUAAAAUGUUUGAAUGAAUUAAAACAAACGUUAUUAGCAGUAUUAUGUGUAUAUUGCCAGAAAGAUAAAUUUAUUAGAAAUUGUUUAGGAUUAAAUCACCUUUUUUAUUAAUCAAAGGUUUAUGUCUAUUUACAUUUAUUUGCAAUUGCCAUGGUGAUGAACUUGUAGAUGGUGUUUUUCAAUAAAUUCUUUUUGAAAGAAAACGAAUCGGCAAAUGUAAAUGUCGAGAAUAAAUCAGUAGCGAAAUUUUAACAAUUCUGACUUUUCAAACUCAAAUGAGCAUUUUUAGAUGUUCAAUGUAAAAGUUUUUAAAAGGAGGGGAUAUAUUGUGAAUUUGUGGCGAUAUGUAAUAUCAAUAAAAAAAAUAUUUUUGUCUAUAUUUUUGUGAUCGAUACGCAUGUAACAAAUUAAUUUUUAAAAAUAUAUGUCUCCCAUUCAACAUGGAAAGUUGGCCCCAAAAAAAGAUAAUUCAUAUGCGUUGUUUAUUUUCUGGUCACAUCUGUGCAAGCUUGUGUUUCAAGAAUAUAAUACAAAUGAAAAAAAUGCGUAAAUUUGACCCCUUUGCUAUGAAAAAAAGUAAACAUAC